AUGGCCAGUCCUGUCCUCUCGAUUUGGUUGCAAAUAUCCGUCAAGUCACCCUCAGGCAUUGAAUCCUCGUUCGCCACUUGCCCUGAGGGCGAGAACGCGCCAGCCUGGGAACCUUGGCAACAGGAGCAAGCAGGCACUCGCAGUCCCGCCGCCUCGAGCGAGCUCCCUACAGUGCAAGAAUCCAGUAGCCUCUCUUCGUCAAGCAGUCCUACUUCUACGCCGACACCGGUGUGUGAAGCCGGUGUUGAAUAUGCUGUUUACUUCUUCCCCGACGGGUCGGACGAGUGUCAGGAACUUAUCAAGACAUCUUUCACCCAGGAUCCCCUCAAUCUGAACCUGGCAAAGAUCCUCGACGGCAAGGUUCCACAGGCCACUGGUAUAACCCCAAACAUCUACGGACUGGAGCUGAAUCCUCAGUCAGGAGAGCCGACCACUAUUUACGAUUAUACUACGCCUUCCGAUGUCGACAUUUCGAGUUCAUGUACUGUGGUUUACCAUCGUGGGUACCUAGUGUUAUCCAAUCCGGACAACUCGCACCCACUUUCAAUUUAUGACGAUGUUGACGACCUGAUCUAUAUCUGGGGCGGGGAUGCAGCUCUUUCCGGAGGCUUUGAUCCCAGUAAUACCAUAAUCCGCAAAGUAAUGGGUACCUGGAACAACGAGCAGAUAUAUCACCAAUUUGGAGUCGAAGACAGCACCAAACUGAAACGCGACGUGACCAGCUAUAUUCCGAUUCGUCUCUUCUAUGCCAACCUGCCCGGAGCUGGUCAAUUCCAGCUAUUGAUGAACGAUCCUCCUACGCAUCAGUUUAUCAUCUUAUGUACCCCAGGACUUGAAUACGCCAUCUAUACCUAUUCAACGACCAGUCCUGAAUACGAUGAGCUCGACAAUGUUGUCCGGUAUUCGGCUCUUUUCCUUUUGGAUCUCAGAAUCUUACUUCAGAAUAAAGUCCCACAAGACACCGGGAACACUGAAUCUGUUGAAUGGUCCAGCAAUGACGAAACAUCUCCGAUCGCCAUUUAUGGAUACUCUGCCGAUAGCGGAACAUCACUCUCCAAUACAUGCCUUGUGAUCCAGCAUCGGGGCUUUGUGAAGUUUCAUAGCCCCGGAACGUACACGUUCGAGAUCGUAGGGGACCCAGACACCCUAAUUUUCGCCUGGCUUGGACCAUCGGCGUUCUCGGGCAACUUUGAUACCCGCCAGAGUUAUCUUGCAAAGUUGUACCAGUCAAAUGAUGUAGACUGGACGACCUUUGAAGUCGUUGUAUCAGAUACGGAUGAGCUUAUUCCCAUCCGUGUCUUGUACGCCAAUUUGAUCGGGCCCGGUGCAUUCAAAGUCAGUUUCUCAGGACCCGCGGGCACGCCGCCGCCCUCGCUUGUUCAAUGCUCCGGAAUCAGAGACACGCCGGAUUGGCUGCCAUGGGACCAGGAAGAAGUCCCGGAACUGAUACCUUACGGUCGAACUUGA